AUGCCGAUUAUCCUCUGGCUGCAACCUCCAAAGAGAUGGGAAGGGUCCCGCGGUGCGGAUAGGGGAAAUUCCCAGAGUGGGGCAAUUCCAAGAGCGGUUACCGGCUGGUUUGGUGCGGAAGACGAGCGCCCACUCGUCCUACAAUCUUUCAUUACAACUUGGGAGUAUUUCAACAAGAUCCUACCGCAGGAUGGAAUUUGGGAGGCUCACGUGCACCCACCCGAGAGGCCGAGGUCCCUUCUCGUACCGUCAUACUGA